AUGGUUGACCUGGCAGUUGGAUCCGUGUCGCUUCCUUUGGAAACAUUUACUCGAGCAAGAGAAAUUUUGGGCACCGCAAACUGCGUUACAAACUUUGCUCUUUCAACAAUAGCUCUCAUGCCGUAUGGUUUAGUUAUGGCAACAACAUGUGCACUGACAUUUGAGAGAUAUAUGGGUAUAUUACAUCCAAUUAUCCAUCGUACCCAUUUGACAAAGAAGAGAUUUCUGAUGUACAUUUGUUGUAGUGCUGUAGCGUUGCUCAUAUUGGUUCCUUUGGGAGUUGCUUCGAAAAAAGCGUACAACAUAAUUGGAGUAGCAGUCAUAAGCAUUCCCCUGGUGUUUAACACAUUUGUGUACACAAAGAUUUAUCUUGCAGGACGAAAAGCACUCCAUGCCUCGGUCAAGAAUUUCACUGAUUUGUCGAAAGAACAGGUCUCAUCUGAAUUAGCAAGAAAAAAACAGCUUUUAAAAGAACUGAAAUUGGCCAAAUCAUGUGCUUUGGUUGUGUUUACAUUCUAUAUGUGUUUUUUACACGCUCCAAUUCUCAAUUUCAUUUUCGUUAAUGCAGAACCAGCAAAAUUUAGAGCUGCCCAAUCUUGGGCUGGAACUAUUGGCGCGUUGAAUUCUAGUCUUAAUUCACUUAUUUUCUUCUGGCAAAGUCCAUUACUAAGAAAGGAGGCAUUGAAUGUAUGUUGGCGGUAA